AUGAUAGGAUAUGUAGACUGCUUUGAUCUCUUAAUCUGCAACGAAACCUCGCAAGUACCCGAACUAUAUGACAAUGGUGGCAAGAGGGAUAAAUGUGUUGGGCAAUGUUCUGGUGCUAGCAAAUGGUGCGUCGGCUACAAGGACAAGAAGAACACCGAAGAGUCACCGAUUGAUGACGCCCGCGAGAAGAGAAUGUCAACAAGUAUACAAGGAAGAGAUGGCAACAUGGCAGUGGUACAAGCAACUUCAACUUGA